AUGAUUGAUUCAUCAAGCAACACAAAUGCGAAUGACGCUGCAAUAAACUCAAUAGAAUUUAUUCAUGAAUCGGAAGAUUAUGAGAAUCGCGAAAGAAUGCGAGCAAGUCUACGUAAUAUUCCAGCAGAGAUGGUUCCGCCCGUAGAUGUCCCUUUUCCUCCCGAUGUCAAUCCAAAAGACUUGAUCCGACGAGACCAAAAUGGAAUUUUACGAGCACGAGCGACCAACAAAUUCUUAAUAUAUCGAAGUCAAUACGCUAAAGCAUUGAAAGCUAAGGGAUUCUGCAUAUCGAUGCGAACUGUGUCUACUUUGGCGUCAAAAUCAUGGCAAAAAGAACCCAGAAAGGUACAAAGGAAGUAUGAAGAGUUGGCUAAAGAGGUCGCGAAACUUCGCGAGGAAAUGAGUACUGAUCCAACAAAUUGUGAUAAGAAAAAGACCCCUUUCAAAAACGACGCUUUACAUAAUAACAAUAUCAUAAAUACAGAUAAUUCAAAUUCAUUAAAUAUCAAUGGUUUGAAUAAUUUCGGAAAUAACAAUGCAGAUGUUCUAAUUCCCGACGAAACUUUUAUACAGUCAUCUCAAAUAAUGCCACAGCCAAUUGUGCCGUCCUACAAAGCAAUAGGCGACCAUCUAUUUGAUGUUCUUGAACAGCAAU